CAAAAAGAACAGAUCGCUGGCAGACAAGAGGAGACAAGACACCAGAGCAGAAGACAGAGAGAGAGGAAACUGAGAGUAGAAGAACAGAAAGGGAGGAAGGAGAGCAAAGCAUCAUGGACGUUUUUAAGAAGGGAUUCUCCAUGGCCAAGGACGGCGUAGUGGCUGCUGCCGAGAAGACCAAGGCAGGAGUGGAGGAGGCCGCAACCAAGACCAAGGAGGGGGUCAAAUAUGUUGGAAACAAGACGAUGGAGGGCGUGGUCACUGGAGUCAACACAGUUGCUCAGAAAACUGCGGAACAGGCGAAUGUUGUCGCCGACACUGCGGUUACCGGAGCCAAUGAAGUUGCACAGGCAGCAGUGGACGGAGUCGGACAAGCGGCUGUAUCCAGCGGAUUUGUUAGCACGGAGGAGACGGGACCAGUUGCUGCAGAGGCUGACCUCGAAAAGACAGAAGAAGCAGCAGCAGCAGCAGCAGGAGAGACUGAAGCCUCGGCUCAGUAGACUUCAGAUGCUCCACUGGGUUAAAUCAUAAAAAACUCCUUCUGACGUCCAUCUCAUGAUAUUCUGCAAUAUUAUUUACUGAGCUUGAAUUAACCAUAUUAACCAAAAGAACCAUGUAUACCAUAAUAUCUAUCAGACUCUCUCAACAACACACGCCCACAGAUUGUUUUUGUUGUUUUUUUGUUAGCAUUUUACAUGCAAUAAUGCACUCCCCUAACCCUUUACCUUACUACUACAAAUGUAUGCCUUAUGUCAAUACUCGGUCACUUCUCCUAUUAUGUGAUCCUAAUAUUAAACAUACAAUCUGACUCAGUGGGGAUCUGCAAAAGGUCCCUACGAGGACAUAGUAUUCCUGCAAUAUUAAUGUCUGUUCCCUUUUUUAAAAAGGGGAUAUUUACCAUCAUUUACCAGAAAAAAA